CAGCCAAUGAUCAGGGAAAGCAUGCGACGACUUAUCAUCAAUGCCCAGCAUGGACCAUCGAGGCAGGUUCUUGAAGUUAUCCAGGAAAAUAUUGGCUGCUGUGGUGCAGAUGGUCCAAACGACUUCACCUCGCUGCACCAGCCGCUGCCAACGCAGUGCCGUGACACUGUCACCGGUAAUCCAUUCUUCCACGGUUGCGUCGAUGAGUUGACUUGGUUCUUCGAGGAAAAAACCAGCUGGAUCGCCGGGUUGACGAUGACGCUAGCCAUGCAGCAUAUACUGAACAUCGUCAUGUCUAUUAUCCUGAUGAAGGCCAUCCCCAUGGAGGAAAACGCGUUCUCCAAGUAUCGUCAUUAAACCUGCUUUUUAAUUAAGUUUUUUGCGUCAUUUUUAUCUCCUUGCGAGCGUAUUCUUAAAACAUGUUUAAGUCUUUUACGAUUCAAGAUAGUUGAAAGUUUGCGCAAGUUUUUUCAAACUUUCUAAGUUUUAUUCGCAAAAACUACAAUCCGACAAUUGCUGCUUAAUUUUUCUUCAUUAAAAAUGACAACUAGUAAUAAAUUAAUCUUGAUUAAUUAUGCAAAUAAUUAAAAAUAGCCAUGGCAACAAUUUUUUCAUCUACAACUUUAGAAUAUGUAGUAACAUUUUGUAUUUUUGGGAAUAAAUAGAUGUAAUCAACGUGUAAA